AUGGGUGUGACUGGCUUGCUCCCGCUUUUAAAGGCGGCUCAGGUUCCAUGCAGCUUGGAGGAUUACAGGGGAAAAACGCUGGCCGUGGACUCGUAUGCCUGGUUACACAAGGCUGUUUUCUCGUGCGCAAUGGAGCUGGUCAGAGACCAACCCACGCAGAAAUAUAUAUCGUAUAUGAUGAGACGAAUUGAUAUGUUGCGGCAUUUUGGGAUUGAGCCCUACAUGGUGUUUGACGGCGACUAUCUCCCCACUAAAGCGGGAACCGAGAAGGAGAGGGCCGAAAGGAGGAGAGAAUACAAGGCGCUGGCCGAGACAGCGGUGCGGAAAAACGACAAAAAAACUGCCUUUGGAUGUUUUCAGAAAGCAUGUGAUGUUACUCCUGAGAUGGCAAAGUCUUUAAUCGACGUUUUGAAUGAUAAGGGCAUCAAGUAUGUGGUGGCUCCGUACGAGGCAGACUCUCAAAUGGUGCAUUUAGAGAAGCUCGGAAUAGUGGACGGAAUCAUCAGCGAGGACUCGGAUUUGUUAGUAUUUGGGUGUAAGCUUUUGAUCACCAAACUGAAUGACAAAGGCGAGUGUGUUGAGGUGAAGCGCGACAAUUUCAGCAAGUGCAAGGCAACUCCCAUCAACACCUUCACCGAGGAGCAGAUGCGCACCAUGGCGAUCUUGAGUGGGUGCGACUACAGUAAGGGAAUUUCCGGUAUUGGAGUCUCCAAGGCAUUUUGGCUCAUCAAAAAAUACCACACGAUAGAGAGGAUUUUAUUAUCGCUCAAAAUGGAGGGCAAGUACACCAUUCCAGAAAACUUUGUCAGCGAGUACAGACGGGCGUCAUUGGCAUUCCAGUACCAGCUGGUGUUCAAUGUAAAAACCGGAAAGGUUCAGAGUCUGAAUGAACUCCCAGCCGAAGGAAUAGAGGAAUCCACCGAAGAACUGGCAUUGUGUGCUGGAAACAUGGAUUCGCAUGAUAUACACAAGGCUGUUGCUAUGGGGUUGCUCAAUCCAAUGACCAAACAACCUCUCCAUUCCAGAGAGACAAGUUUAACCGGAAAGACCACAAUGGCUACUCCUGCAGUCAGAUCUGCCACCACAACUGAAUCCGGUAGCGCUGUCAGGAAUGUGUUCAGGACGUUCUCUACUCCAACGCCAAACAGAGGGUCUAUUGAUAGUUUCUUCACCAAGACACCCGAUCUCACGACUGUGCAAUCUGUGAGAAAACUGAGCCCCCAGAAGAGCAUGAAACUGUCGCCUGUUUCCAAGAGAAAGAAGAUCCUUUUUGGUACAAACGAUGGAAAAGGAACACUAAGUUCGUUCUUUACACCAAAUACAACCUCAAAGACCGGGGUUAUGAACACGAACAUGCAGGAGAGACAAUUGCAAGAGACACCUUCCAGAAAGCCAUUUGCUACUCCCAAAUCGGACGACUACAAUAUCACGGAUCUGGACGAUGAUGAUGUGGCUGAAAUAUCCCCAGUUACUAGAAUGUUGCCUAUAGAGGUGAAGGAAACUGUUGUCGAUCUGUCUCCUUCUGUCACCUCUCCCAAAUCUGAAGAUUUGUCUGAGCUGGAAGACAGCCCAGUUCGCUCAAGAAAGCAGUCUGAGGUUGCAGCUGUGACUGUGUCCUCAUUGAAGGAAAAAUUCGCACUAAAGCCAAUCACCAACCUCAAUCUUGACAAUGUCAACCUGGAAACAUCCACUAAGGCACAACCGGUAUCGCGCACUAUCUCGCUUACUACCCACGCCCGGGAACUUUCUCUGCAAUCUUUUGCAUAUAGACCAUAA